AAUCUCAAUGCUCAGCUCAUAGACACGGACAGCGCACACAGCAGAGCCUGCUUAGUCUUCAUUCAUUCAUUCAUUCUCUCUCUCUCUCUCUCAAAUAAAUCAAAUCAAAACACUCUCUCUCACAGAUCAGCAAAAGAGGGAAGAAUCAUGAGACAGAACAAGACCGAAGAAAACCACCGAUCCUCCCUCAUGGAUCUCCCCACCGAAUCCUCCUCCUCCUCCACCACCAAAACCCGCAACUGCACCGGGUCGGAGCUCCAGUCACCACUUCCGGACCAAGUCCUCGAGAAUGUCCUCGAGAACGUCCUUCACUUCCUCACCUCACGCCGUGACAGGAACGCCGCCUCAUUGGUCUGCAAGUCAUGGUGCCGCGCCGAGGCUCUCACCCGAUCCGACCUCUUCAUCGGCAACUGCUACGCCGUCUCUCCCCGCCGCGCCACUGCCCGCUUCGGCCGCGUCCGUUCCGUCACCAUCAAGGGCAAGCCGCGUUUCGCGGACUUCGAUCUGAUGCCGCUCAACUGGGGGGCCCACUUCUCUCCGUGGGCCACGGCUUUGUCCAAAGCCUACCCUUCGCUCGAGAAGGUUCACCUUAAGCGCAUGUCCAUCACCGACGAUGAUCUCAUUCUCCUCGCCGAGUCCUUCCCCGCUUUCAAAGAACUCGUCCUCGUUUGCUGCGAAGGGUUUGGUACCACUGGACUCGCCGCAGUUGCCAGCAAGUGCAGAUUGCUGAGAGUGCUUGAUCUUGUGGAAUCUGUGGUUGAGGUUGCUGAUGAUGAUGAAGAAGUGGAUUGGAUAUCUUGUUUUCCUGAGAGUCAAACCCAUCUUGAAUCUCUUGUUUUUGAUUGUGUUGAGUGCCCGGUUAAUUUCGAUGCAUUGGAGAGGUUGAUUGCUAGGUCCCCUUCUUUAAGGAAACUUAGGUUGAAUCGAUCUGUUUCCAUUUCUCAGCUUUACCGCUUAAUGCAUCGUGCACCGCAUCUCACGCAUCUUGGAACGGGGUCGUUUUGUGCAUCAGAUGAGGCUAUGGGUGUUGUUGGUGAUCAGGAACCAGAUUAUGCAGCUGCAUUUGCUGCUUGCAAAUCAUUAGUCUGUUUAUCUGGAUUCAGGGAGAUUUGGGCAGAUUAUCUGCCUGCCAUUUACCCCGUCUGCGCUAAUCUCACGUCUUUGAAUUUCAGUUAUGCUGAUAUUAGUGCGGAUCAACUCAAACCGGUUAUAUGCCACUGUCAUAAACUACAGACAUUCUGGGUCCUUGAUUCAAUUUGUGAUGAAGGGCUUCGAGCAGUGGCUGCAACUUGCAAAGAUUUGCGCGAGCUUCGGGUUUUCCCUGUUAACGCGAGGGAGGAGACGGAUGGUCCGGUUUCUGAGGUUGGAUUUGAGGCAAUUUCUCAAGGUUGUAGGAAAUUGCAAUCGAUUUUGUUUUUCUGCCAAAGAAUGACAAAUGCAGCUGUGGUAGCGAUGUCAAAGAACUGCCCGGAACUUGUGGUGUUUCGUCUGUGUAUAAUUGGGCGAUAUCGGCCGGACCCUGAGACACAAGAGCCAAUGGAUGAGGGUUUUGGUGCUAUUGUUAUGAACUGCAAGAAGCUCACUCGACUUGCUGUUUCUGGUUUACUGACUGAUAGAGCUUUUAGUUAUAUUGGGAUGUAUGGAAAAUUGAUUAGGACACUGUCAGUUGCUUUUGCUGGAGACACGGACCUGGGCCUCAAAUAUGUGCUAGAAGGAUGCCCUAAUCUUCAAAAGCUUGAAAUCAGGGAUAGUCCAUUUGGGGAUAGAGCUUUACUUUCUGGUUUGCAUCAUUUUUACAACAUGAGAUUUCUCUGGAUGUCGUCCUGUAAAUUGACACGCCAGGCUUGCCAAGAAGUUGCACGAACAUUGCCCCAUCUGGUUUUGGAAGUCAUCAAUACUGAAGAGGAUAAAGUUGAUGGUUUUGAGAUACUUUACAUGUAUCGGUCUCUUGACAGGCCAAGGGCUGAUGCUCCUAAAGUUGUUACCAUCCUUCAUUAGUUUUUUAAAAUUCAAGAAGUUGUUACCUUUUUCCUAAGAUGGCUGCUGAGUGAAAUUACUGAGCGGGGAUUUUUGAAUAAACCUGCCACAAGAUUUCUGCUAUCAAUGUCAAACAAAGUUGAGCUAACAACUGCUGUUCUUGGCUAGGCCUGCUGUGAUGGCAGGCCUUAAAGAAGCUAUUCUGGGGGAAACCAUUUCUCUUUCUGCAUUCUUGUUUAUGGAAGAGGACUCAGGUUCAGGAGGGGAAUAGAAAAAUGGGGGACGGGGCACCAAGAAUGAUGCAGAAGAUGAAAUCCUGCAGGUAUUGGACCAUCCAAUGUUGUUGUAUCACUAUACUAAAAAUUUAUGUCCUUUUCCUUUUUAUCAUUUUAUCAUAAAGGAAAACUACUAGAGUGAGGGAAGGUAGAAAUUGCUGAAGCUGCGGUGAGAAUUGGUCAAAUAGAUGGUCUAUCGAGAAGCAGAUUCAGAUGGUCUGUGUAAUUUGAUUCAGAUGAUAGUUUAAGCUGUAGGUGGCGAGAAUCCAAUCACCACUCUGAUAUAAGCGCAUCUCUGUUUCCCUAUCUCAGAUUUUUGUUUUUCCAGAUGUGUUGCUGUAGCGCCCUUGAAUUUAUUUUUAGUCAGCAAUUGUUAGAUGGUUAAUAAAUGCCGGAAAAUGGCCUAUUUG